GAGAGGCAGGGCGCGCUGGAGCGGGUCGCCCAGAUGGUAUCGGAGGGCAUCGAGGACAUCAGCGCCGCCCAGGCCCAUGACCGCGUGGUGCCCCCACGCUUCGAUGGAACCGCGAAGAUGAUCCUGGGAGCCAUCCGGUUCUACCAGGCCCUGGUGCCAGAUUGGCUGGCCCCCGAGAGACUGGAGGACACCACGCCCCCUUCGCUGAAGGCUGGCGUGGAGGCCGACUGGGCCGUGGUCAACGAGCCGAAGGGCGUGUGCAUCAACAUCGCGCCGUGGAACGCGCCCGUUACGCUGGCGCUCAUUCCUACGUUGGGGAUGCUGGCCGCUGGUAACCACGUGGUCAUCAAGCCCGCGGACUUGACCCCUGCGGUGGCUGCGGCUCUCCGACGCCUCUGCGAGAAGUACCUCGCAGGCUACGUGGUGGUUAAAGAUCGGGCGGGAGAGAGGUUGUCGAGGCCUUGA